AUGGGGGAGUCACACUACAGGAUUCGAGCACAACAGAAAUCGGAUCUGAGAUCAAAAUGGUGUGUGAAAAUAAAAGAAAUAUAUCAAUACCCAUUUCCUUUAGAUGUCUACCGAGCGGCAGAGUGUAUUCAAGUGGAGGGAUUUCAGAUGAGUAACGACAAAAUGUCUGACAAAUGCUACAAACCAGUGGAUCAGGUUCAGACGUAUAACACAGCUGCGGAAGGCUGUACAAACUUAACCCGUAACGGUCAUCUGGCUUUUCCUCUGUCACAUUCUUCCAAGACAUUCGCAUGUAGACUUAUUACUUUUGCAGCACUCUUAAGUGUAGGUGGUCAGAAGACGCCCGAAAAAUGUUUUCCACUUGAUCGUUUUCGUGAAGGACGGCUUUUAGGCUGUGUUCUCCGUAAACUAGAGAAGGUGGGCCCGUUAUCUUGUGUAAAAGAGUGUCUCCUUAGACAGAGCUGCUUCUCUAUCAAUUACGACAUCCAGGCCCUCACCUGUGAAAUCAACUACGCUAAUCUAGGAUCAUGUGGCUACUCUCUAAAAGAUAGUGAUGGGUAUCUAUACAUCGAGAAACGGGACAUGCAGCACAUGGUCAGAAUAUCUCCAUGCAAAACUACAACGUGUGGAGAAAACCAGCGAUGUGAAAUCCUGGCCAGUGGUUUAUUUCUUUGCUCCAUAACAGAAUGCAGUGCUGAAAAAAUAAAUGGCCACAAGGCACACCGACAAGUUAGCCACCAAACCUUAUCUGUCGGAGAACAUUUUUCCUAUCAUUGUGACCACAACGUGAGACACAAGGUCACUUACCAAUGUCAGCAGGAUGGCACAUGGAGAAGCUUUAACAAAUCACUACAACGAUGUGAAUGCUUGAGAAACGAAGGUUAUGUCUACAGUGAAAAAGAAAAUGGAUGCUACAGAUUUUUUAAAGAACAGAAAACCCACAAUGAAGCCGUGAAGCAUUGUAAUUCAACAUUGUCUAAUAGUCAUCUGUUUCUUGGAGAAUCUUCAGAGAAAAUUCAAGCUGUCAUUAAUGACGUCAUACCAAAAUUCUAUGAGCAACAGUUUGUUUGGAUUGAUGGAUUUUAUAACAAGAGAAACAAAAACAUCUUGACUUACAAAGGUCAGUUUGGAGUCGGACAAUUUGAGGAGAUUCCGGAAUACAAGAGCGUCGAUUUUCAUCUCUCAGGAUGCCUUUCAUUAUUUCCUCAUAAGCUUCCAGGGCAUCAUGAAGUUUUUAUUAAAACGGAAUGCAGCAGUAAAUUUUAUUUUAUUUGCGAAAUUGCAAUGGUUUCAGAAGUAUCAUAA